UCACGUGAUUGAUUGAUUAUAACGAACCACAUGAAAUUCAUAAAGCGUGUCCUUCAGCCAUAGGACCAGUCUGGACCAGUGUGUGUAAAAAAUCUCUAAAACAGUUUGGAGAGUAGUUGCUGAUCAGGUUUAAGACAUGAUCACGUGUCAGGAAAUUAUGGCCCCACGGCUCGAGCUGAGACUUUAACAUUUAUGUGAGUUUGGGUGGUUACGAGCCCGAGCUCAUCUGCUCUCCUUCCUAUUAUUUUCUUUUGUAAUCUAUUUGUUUUGUUUUGUUUGUCUUCAACGCCAAACCGUUAAACAUCUAUUCGGUCAGUCGCUACAUAUUUCUAUUGAAGUGUGUGUGUGAGAGAGAGAGAGAGAGAGAGAGAGGAAAAGAGAGGACAGUUCGAGGAUGAAGACACACUGCCAUCGAAUGUUUUAUUACUUACUAGUACUAGUUGAUGAAGAAAAUGGAUUAAUUACGACACCGUUUUACGACACCGAACUUUUAAAGAUCGCAAAGUGUGAAUAGUUAGCUUGCAUAAAUAUGUGCCUUUUUUUUUUUUUUUAAAGCUGAACAACUUUUCGCUCAAACUGCGACUGCGCAUUAGCCUCUUGGACGUGUGUGAUUUUUUUUUUCCCAACUACUUGGUAGGCUGAUGAAGUUUUAAACGGGUUAUAGUUUAUCAUUUGUGUGCACACCUCGUUCUUGCUACAUACAACGCCACGAUAGAGAAACCGUGCUACUGUGUCGCCCAGGCAUAACUGAUAAAUACAACGGAUAAAUCUGACUCUUCAAGCUUUUCACCGUUUACUGAAAACCUGCCUAAAAGUAUCGAUGAACUUGGGUGCUUUUGUUACUUCCACGAUGGCCUUUAUACGCUCUGGCCGCAUGGAAAUCCCUGACAAAAGAACCAGCAAGACGAGCAACAGUUGCUCCUUUCCUAAUAUCCUUAGUUCUGCCUGCCAGGACAUAAUUCCUUUGUGUGAAUCACAAGAUAUCUGAAGAGAUUUGGCGUGUAAACACCUUCUGGUGACAAGCCUGAACUGUUCAUCAUGAAACUCUUUGAGGAUCCAAUUUUUUGGAGGUUUGUGUGAAAUCUGACCGUCAUUCUCUCCUUUUGGAAAAGGAAUUUUGUGUUUUCCAAUAACUGUAUUACAUGAGAGCGCCUCACAGGGCUCAUAUCUCAAGAAGGUGUUGAGUAAGGCUUGUCAUUGCCAUGCCCACCCAAACAUUGAUUCCACAUGUGGAGGGUCCUGAUGGGCUAGGCCAUGACGUACUCAACCACAGCAGUGCCACUAUGCCCAGCUCUGGCUCUGGUUCGAGCGUAACACCCCACCAGAGCCUGGCAGAGAAGGUUGACAUGCAGUUGGCAGUGACGGGUGGAUCACCUUUGGCCUGCAUGUUCUGUGAGGAGACAUUUGAGCAUGAGGAUGAUCUCGGGCCACACGUCCUCUCCCAGCACCCCACUACAUUUCACGCUCCUGCUGUAUUGCGUGUCGAGGCCGAGUUCUUACCGCCCAGCGAGAGGACUCACUCCAAAACAUGCCCAAAUGAGCAGAACGAGGAGCUGAGCUGUGAUGUGUGUGGCCAAGCCACUGAGAAUAUUGCUGUGCUUGAGGCUCACAUGCGGAAGCACAAAGACUCUUUCAUUUACUCCUGCAGCCUUUGUGGCAGGCGCUUUAAGGAGCCCUGGUUCCUCAAGAAUCACAUGAGGACCCAUGGCAAAUCCAGAUCCAACAAGAGCCAGGAUGCCGAGGCGCCCCUCACGGUCAACGGCGUCAUCCAAGAUCGACCGGCAUCACCUGUUAUGACGACUUACAAGAUGUGCAUGGUCUGUGGUUUUUUUUUCCUCAACAAAGAGGUGCUGGCAGAGCACAGCAAAGUGCACAAUAGGGAGCCGGAAGUUGAAGAGAACACGUGUAAUAACAGCCAGCUGACUCCUAAAGUGCCUAUCUCUCAGGAGUGCUUUCUUCAGUGUGUAAAAUUACAGAGAACAUCUGAGAACGCUGAGCAAAAAAGCCAACCUGGGCGCUGGAUUGCACAGCUGGACCCGUUCAACACCUACCAGGCCUGGCAGUUGGCUACUAAAGGCAAGAUUGCUGCAGGGCCCAACCUGAGCAAAGAGCUCAAUGCCGACUCCAAUUCUGACAAUGAGGAGUCUGGUUCAGACAAAGAGGAGCUAGGGUCUAUCUGGGACUCUAGCAGUGGGGACAAACUGGUAAGACGGGGUCUGAGGAACGAGCUUAAGGCCAAACUCGGUACUGCUGAUUUGGCAGAGCAGAAGAGUCUGAGCUUGCGCAAAGACAAACCCACUGACUGCGAGGAGUGCGGCAAAACGUUCAGAACCUACCAUCAGCUGGUCCUGCACUCCAGAGUACACAAGAGAGAGAGAGGAGGAGCCGAGAGCCCCACCACACCUGUAGAUGGGAGGACUCCGAGCGUCAGCUCUGCUGGGAGUCCCUCAUUGGAUCGAGCAGAGGAUGGCUCAGAGGACGGCUAUGAAGAAGGUGGUCCUGGUGAAACAUUUCAGUCUGAUAAAAUUGAAGGCUCUCACAAAAUGAAACUGAAAAUUCUUGCUCCAAGGAAGUGUUGUUACUGUGGCAAGACCUUCCGCUCCAACUAUUACCUCAAUAUUCACCUCAGGACACAUACAGGUGAGAAACCUUACAAAUGUGAAUACUGUGACUAUGCUGCAGCUCAGAAGACCUCUCUGAGAUACCACCUGGACCGACGUCACAAAGACAAGCCUUACACCGAGAUCCCUAACAUUCCAGUGACAGCACCUGCUGCUAACAGUGCCAAGGGUCAGGAGUCUCCUAAUAAUGUGGAUGACAAGGCUGCCUCAAAACCCCCUAAGCAAUGGCCUGCCCCCAGUGUUGUGUGCGCAAGCGUCAAACAUGAAGCGGUACCUAGCCAGGCAGAAAUUCCUGUUGCCAGCCCUGUCAUGCGCGUCAAAGAGGAGUGUGCCAACAUGGCUGCUACAACUCCUUACACUCCUCCUAACGAGCCGCACGUGAAUGGCCCUUUCCCGAUCAACCUAAAGGCAGAGGGGAAAGAAGCCUCUGAGGCACCCAUAAACCUCUCCCUCAAAGCGUCCCUGUCUUUAUCUGCUACCUCUGUACCUAGGAAUAUGUUACUGACCAACACCUGCACUUCCUGCCCUUAUGAAACCCUCUAUCCCGAAGUCCUGCUCAUGCACAGGAAGCUUUCACAUAAAGAGAAGACUGAUGCAAAGAAGAAUCCAUACAGACCCCCACUAAAGCUCAAGCGCUACACUGGGUGUCCUCCAGCGCUCGAGGGUAAAGACGUGGCCCCUUUGGCCCACAUCAACCGAAAACAUCCGCGCCGGACCAAAUCCCCAACACCUCAACCUGGAAAAUCUUCCAGACCAACUCGGGACACGUACAGGACUCUUCCAGGAAUGGGUACAAAGAAACCAGAGAUUUCAAAGAUAUCCCCUGCAAAAGAGACCUGUCGAGAGCAGCAGAAAACAACACAGAGGGUUAGGCCUGCCGAAUCUGUUAUAAGCGUCCAAACCAGAUUUCCAGAGUCAGUAGCUGAAACAAACAGGAAAUUUAACUCCCCUGCGCUCUCUCAGAAGCCAGCUCCAGCUAAGAAUGCUGUCGUCUGGCCCCCAGAAGCAAACAGGCCAUGUCUGUCCGAUCGAUUCAGGAACCUGGCACAAAUGGACGCAGGCGAACCUUCCAGCAAGAGGUCGAGACCUUCCGAGCCUCUGCAGGGUACAGGGAGAAUCGCCGAACUGCCCUCAGACAGGAACGUGAAAAACCACCUGCCUUUGGCUUCUGUUUGUGUGGCACCCUCAGGGUCAGGGAGUAGCAUGGACGCAGAUUGGAACGUAAUCAACCUGUGGCGCACAUACACGCCCAGUGCAUCGUUGUACCAACCCGCUAUACCAGGCUCCAGCCACGCCAUGACUGGAAAUUUACCCGCUGCUGGGAGCAGAGCUCUGCCCUUCUCACAUUACCCUGGUAACAUCAUUCAGCGGAGAAGCCACCCCAACCCUCCUGACGCCACCUCUUAGACCAUGGUUUGUACUACUCGGACAAAACCAACCAUGGGAACUAUGGCUGGAAGAAAAGUUUACUCCUGACACUACUCCUAGAGAUAGACAUGUGACCAAGAUUGGACAUUAAGGCUGUGUGGGGGUUUCAUUUCUUAUCUCAACCUUGGUGAAGAGGCAGAGUGAACUCAAGACUGCGCCUUGAACAGUGUUGCAAUUUACAUGUCAAAACGUUCCAGUAUAUCAACAGAUGUGGUAUUGCACUUAACGCAGAACACAACAUAUCAUGCACUCCAGUUUGCUAUGAAAGUUUUAACCUGUUUUGAAAUCAAAUGCUUUUGGGGCGGAGCUUUGAUUUUAACCCACAAUGUUGCAUCAAAAAAGUGCCUCUUCUACUUGAUCUAAAUGCUGUUACACAAAGGUAGGAUAGACCAAAUAAACUUGACCCAUGUUCAGUUCAGAUAAAUAAAAUAUAUUUUGUAAAUGUUAAAACAUUUCUAUUUAUGCUGUGCUGAAGAAAGGGUGGACUUUAUGCCAUGCAGCUUCUGGCAGUUUUUGAUAUUGCAAUUGAAUCGUUUCAGUUUUCCCUUGUUUGUGCAAAACGAAAGCUGCUGUUUUUCUUUUUAUUCCUGUCUCGAAACUGAGACACAAAGUACUGUGUACUUACUUUGUAUGGGGACUUUGCUUGGAACCUCUCACUGUGACACUCGGACAUGGCAUCCUCAGGUCUGACAGACAACACCACUGUGAUGGAACUCUCCAUGGAGGGCUUCCAUUGAUUUAAUGUUGCGUUUUCACACACUUUGAUUUAAAUCCCCCCCCCCCCCCCCCCCAGUUAAGGAUAUAUAUAUAUAUUUAUUUUUCGAGCGAUUGUCCUGCUUUGUCUGUUUUAGAAAAUAUAUAGUAGGAUGUUUUCUCGGAGCCUGUGACAGUGGCUUAUUUACUGACCAACUUGUGUUAUGGUCUGCUUUUCAAAAACUACCUUGACCACCUUCCCUACAGUUGCAAUCUGAAAGCAUCGGAAUGUUAAUUUAUUUGCUGAUAUUUAGGGGGCUUUUGUGAGCUGCAUUAGAUAAACUUGAAUUUUUUUGUUUUUUGUAUUGGCGGUUCACUGGAAAGACCACCUUUUUUCCUCUGCAAUUUGUGCUUUUUCGGCAUUUACAUAAUCUAUUUAACUGGGAGAAAAGCCUGCUGUUGAUUAACAUGUCAGCCAUUAAUGUGGCUCAAAUUGAGUACGUGUACAUAGUGUUUAACCCGUAUCGUCUCUCAGUAUUGGAUUCUCUCAGUGUUUAAUAAUGUUUUCGUUUAGCUAAGAUGGAUGCAUCACAGAUACGCGCCAUAUGUAAAUGUGUGUUUUGAUUAUUAUUCUGCUCUCCAUUGUUAUUAUUUUUUUUUUUAUUCUUCUGCACUUUCACUACUAAUAUAUAUAUAUUUUUUUUGUACGAUCAGUUGGCGCAGUUUUGCCCUGUCCUAGUUCUGGGAAGUCCAUGCACUGAGCAGAACAGUGCAAAUGCAAUAGACUUUCCACAGUUAUUACAGACUACAGGAAAGCACAAAGAAAAAUGACCAGCAAUGCCGCAAAGAUUUCAGCAGUGUUGAGUACCUACGUUCUGGUCUUACUCUUUUUUUUCUACAUCUUUGUAACUGUGAGACUUGUAUUUCUGACUGUUCAGUUGCAAAUUAAAAUAAUGGUGUGUGAUA